GGUGAACAGGUAAUCAUUGACAGGUACAGGGAUGAUGGGAAAUGGAGUCCAGAGAGUUAAAGUCAAUCCCCAGGUGAUGGAGCCCUCUGGUGGUGAGCGGGAGGAACAACAAAGAACUGCUGCUCGCUGGAUGUUUUUUGUUUUUGGCACCAUUCAGAGUAAAUUCUAGAGACUGUUGUGUGUGAAAAUCCCAGGAGAUCAGCAGUUACAGAAAUACUCAAACCAGCCCGUCUGGUACCAACAAUCAUGCCUGCUCACUUAAAUCGGAAUUAAACAAUUUUGCUAACAAGACACUCGCGUAAGAGGAUGGCUGCUACUGGAUUCCUACACACCAACCUUCUUCCUCACUCUUGUCUACCUCCUUAUAGUCUACCUUGGACCAAAGUACAUGAGAAACAGACCAGCAUACUCACUAAAAAACAUCUUACUGCUCUACAACUUCUCUCUCACCAUGUUGUCGUUCUAUAUGCUGGUUGAGCUGAUAUCAGCGGUGUGGUCUGCAGGUUAUCGUCUACAGUGUCAGGGAUUGCAUGAAGCGGGUGAUGCAGAUAUUAGGGUAGCAAAAGUCCUGUGGUGGUACUAUUUCUCCAAGCUGAUUGAAUUCCUUGACACCAUCUUCAUUGUGCUGAGGAAGAAAAACAGCCAGAUCAGUUUCCUACAUGUGUAUCAUCACACAUCUAUGUUCAACAUCUGGUGGUGUGUUCUCAACUGGAUACCCUGUGGACAGAGUUUCUUUGGGCCGACGCUAAACAGUUUCAUCCACAUCCUCAUGUAUUCUUACUACGGUCUGUCAACCAUUCCAUCCAUGCACAAAUAUCUGUGGUGGAAACGCUACCUCACACAGGCUCAGCUGGUUCAGUUUGUAUUGACUAUAACACACACCGUAAGCGCAUGGGUUGUUCCUUGUGGUUUCCCUCUAGGCUGUCUGAAAUUUCAAACCUCCUACAUGGUCACACUCGUCCUCCUGUUUGUCAACUUCUACAUGCAGACAUACAAAAAAAGGAGACUGGAGGGUGACAGUAUGAUGAAGAUUGAAGAUCUUAAGAACAAUCAUUCAAACGGCCAUGUGUCCUCGCUCAACGGCAACUCCAAAAACAAGCUGCAGUAAUAAGAGGACUAUGCUCUUCUUAAUACAGUUAUGUUGAACACUAGUGUAACAGCAGGGAUAAUAGUCUAACUAAACCUUUUUUUUAAAUAGCAUAGUACUUUCUAACUGUUUUGUAUUUUGUUUUACAUGCAUUCCUCUGAAGUCUCGAUUUGUGUAAACACUGUACAAUAAUUUUAUGCAGAGGCAUUUAAUUGUGCUUCAAACAUUUGACAUUCAACUGUUAUUCAAAACAAACGGCUCUAGAGUACUGUAUCUACUCUAUUACACAACAUAUUUUCUCUCGCAAGAACAGAAGUAUCAGUAUCUGUCUUCAAUCACCAUAUUCAGUCUUUAACAAAAAAUGCCUUAGUUCAAUCCUUUAACUAAAAUGCUAGAAAACUGCAGUGUGGUUGAAUGUGUCAGGAUGAAGGAUCUAAUAGCAUGUCACAUUACUAAUAACAACUCCAAGCCUUCAUUUUAGCCAGACUUGGCAGGGCUCACAAGGUCAUGGGGAAACAUGUAACUAUCAGGGAAUUUUUAAACUGGGAUUUCCAAGCCUGGAAAAGUCAUGAUAGUCGAUACGAUUUGUUUCUAAAUAUAGCCCAAGCCUAGCCUAUUAAAUAUUUAAUUGGCAAGAAAUUGCACUUUGAGUGCAAUUUCUAUAUCAUUUUUAAAAUUCCACAUCAAGUAAUGAGACAACUGGAAAGGUCAUGCUGGAAGAUUCAUUAAAUCAAAGUUUCAACACACUUUGACUUGGACAGUCACAUACAGAAACCAAAAUUCAUGAAAAAUGCUGCAUAAAAUCAGUUUUUGGAUUCUGAAUGUUUCUGAAAAUCACAUUUAUAGCACUUACCAAGUCCUUAUUUUUGUAAAAAAAAAAAGAAAAAAAAAGGCACAAAUCUACAAAUUAAUUUGAACAUGUCUCUGUGGCUAUUUUAAGUGACUGGUACAUACAGUAUGAGAACUGUUGUUCAAUUAUUGUCUUCAUAAUAACAGAACUAUAAGCACUUCAAA